CAGAAGUAUUCCUUUUAAGACACAGCCCAGGAUUGUUCAGCUGAAGUUAAAAAGGUGAAUUAUGGCAGAGCAGGAUGAGAACGGCGUUCACACCAAGCGAAGUAAAACUCUGAUCAUUAGACACCUUCCUGCAGAACUGAGCCGGGCUGAGAAGGAAGACCUGCUGACAUAUUUUGGUGCCUCUUCCGUCCGCGUGCUUUCUGAUAAAGGCCCUUUAAAACACACUGCAUUUGCCACCUUCUCAAGUGAAACUUCAGCUUCAGAGGCUCUGAAGAGGCUUCAUCAGCUGAGAAUUCUGGGUCACACGCUGGUUGUGGAGUUUGCAAAGGAUCAGGAUAACAUUGUUGUGUUGAAGAGUCCCAAAGUCUCUGACAGACUUGCUGAGGAAAAAGAGAAGCAAGAGAAGAAAGAGAAUCAGCAGCCAAAUGUUCCUUUAAUAGAUACAGGCAUUGCUCCCACUCUUGGCUUGAAAUUCCAGGCCAAUCCGACGCUGAAAUAUUUAUACCCUCCUCCUUCUCGUGCGAUAGUCACCAACAUCACCCACACUCUGCUGAGUAUACCCAAGUUCUACAUACAGGUUCUUCACCUGAUGAACAAGAUGAACCUGCCGUGCCCUUUUGGACCUGUUAUCACCCCUCCUCCUAUGUUCGAGAUCGCUCACAGCCCCUUUCCUCACAUGGUGCCCCUACCACCCACCUUGCCCCCUGAGAACCCCCCGCUGCCUGUGGGUGACAGCGGUGACGAGGAAUCCGAGUACGAGAGCGAGGAUGACGAAGAUAAAGAGAGAAUGAUUCGGUUGAUGGGGCUAGUUAACCAGCCAUGCAAAAGACAGCUGAGAUCAAAGGUGACUUCCACCAGGAAAAAACCCAAGCUAAAGGAUCUGCUGUUCACCACCAAACCAGAAUCCCACAGCAACCCAGCCCCAUCCCUGCAACCAUCGGACGUUUUUGAACAGCCGCUAUCUCUCGGGCCCAAAAAAAUCGAGUUCCACAUACCAUCCGAGGCGCCAGUAGGACCUGCGGAAGAUAAAACAGCAGAGGAGGAAGCAUAUUCAGCAGAGCAGGAAGAAGAAGCUUCAGGAUUUGGAAAGCUGUACCCCAGCGCACAAAAUAACAGAGAGGAGGAGAGCUGUGAGGAAGAGGAUGAAAUUCCCUCUGAGUUUGUCUCUAGGAGAGAGCUGGAGAAAGGACGUCUGUCCAGAGAUGAAAUGAAGAGGAUGUCUGUGUUUAAGAAUUAUGAACACGGAGAACCAACAUGCAGGCUGUAUGUUAAAAACAUUGCCAAACAAGUGGAGGAAAAGGAUCUGAAGUACAUUUAUGGCAGGUACAUCGACCCUUUAUCAGAGCAAGAGCGCAACAUGUUUGAUAUAGUUCUGAUGAAGGAGGGAAGAAUGAAAGGUCAAGCCUUCAUCGGGCUUCCCAGUGAGAAAAGUGCAGAGAAGGCCUUGAGGGACACGAAUGGAUAUGUCCUACACGAAAAGCCUCUUGUGGUUCAAUUUGCACGGUCGGCAAGACCCAAACAGGACUCGGCAGAUUCAAAGACCGGUGCCAAAAAAAGUCAGACUGAUUACAAGCAUCUGUCAUGACCCUUCAGGAAAAUGUGUAUCCUUAAUAGUACAUAUCCUUUAAAAAUAUGUAUUUUGUAAUGUGUGUAGUAUUCAUUAGCCUGUGUGUAAUAAUGUCAGACAGAAAGUAACUGAGUGCUGUAUAUCUUGCUCUUUAUGUUCAGCCCGUAGGUGAUGGGUCCCUUGAUGUUCUCAGAAGUUCAACAUUCAUACAAAGGCAAAGUGUUUUAAAGUAUUUGACUGAUGUAAGAUGUAUUACAAAGAAAUAGUCAUUCUUUCAUGUUGGAAUGUUUAGUAAAAUGCAUUAAAAAGA